AUGGCUCGCCAUCCCCGUACCUACGCUGGCCGUAGCAGUGACGACGACGAAACCGCUAGCAAUGCGUCUUUCCGUCUAGACUCGGACGACGCGGCCGGCAUGGAUUUGCAGACGGAUGCCACAGAUGUCACAGACUCCGAUGUGCCUCCUCCAACUCGCUGCAGAGCCAAAGGUCGACCCCGUCAGAACCGCUCUAUACAGAGACCUUCGUGGGGAAAGUCUCACAAGAGUGAGAAAGGGUCUCCUUCUCUAAGCCGCCUAGCGACGGACUCAGACUGCAGCUCUAGUGGCGAUGAUAUGAAUGUCGACGCCCGCCAUUCUCGACGUCCUGAGCAACGAUGUUCCCAGAAGAAAUCUCGAAAGCCUGCUGCUCUGUCAGGUGCCCCAACACGAAACAACGCUUCGAACACCAGCUCCAGUGACGAUGACUGCAGUGGCAGUGGCUUUGACAGUGACUCUGACACGGACCCCGACAUUGACUCGGAUGGUGAGUUAUCAUCAGACAGUGAUGAUGAUGGUUACGCGGACGGCACCAGAAGAAACAUUACGCGGAUGGACGAGAGAUGGGAACGAUAUUGCCGAAAGAGGAAUAAGAAAUACAGGGGGCUACCAGAUUCCUUGUGGGCAAACCCUGCUUCGGCUCUUCGCGAUGCAAGGAAAAAGGAGUUGACUCUGUUCCUCCGUUGGUGCCUGCGUUUGCGGCGAGGGAAGAAUGGCCGGAAGCUAAAGGGUAUAAAGAAAUUCAAGUCUUUGGAUACCGAUUGGAAGUCAUUCCUCCGUCACUAUGAAAAGGUUACCGGGGAACCCAUGGACGAUGCGCUCGGAAGGCGAAUGAGAAAGGUUGGGAUCAAUCUCAGCCCCGAUUCUGGACGAGUUGCUAACCUGUUUCUGCCCCAGAGUAUUCGCAGGAUUGCAAGGGAGCAUGAUUUAGAUACGGAUGAAAAAGAAAAGACCCCGAUGUUUAUUGAAGACGUGGUGCCCCUGCAGGAGACAACACUACGUACAAUGGAGAAGCGGUUCGAUCUUGGUCUUCAGCGCAUGCAACAAUGUCUCUACCCUUUAAUGGCAUGCUUUACGGUAAAUCGGAUCAAUGCUAUGCGUCGUCUUCAGUACCAGCAUCUCCAGUGUUCGAUCCAACGGGAUCCUCAUGGCGGACCGCCCCGAAUCCUUCUGGAGAUCAAGUAUAAAUUUGCAAAGAAAUACAUGGGUGUGACGCAAGCUAACACCUUCCCCCUCCCCGAAAUCAUUUAUGAUCCGUCGUUGAUGCUGAGCCCUCAUACGUUCCUUCUGGGGAUUCUCUUUCAUGAUGAUGCAUUUCGAGCUCCGGGAAUAAAGUCCAUGGAGGACCUGCGACGCUUGUGGGUGGAGGAUGGCCGCCAGCAGAUGGAGGUCCCAUUGAAACGGGACAAGGCUAAACAUUAUGUAUUCUGCAAGGUCAAAAGCGUCCGCGGCAAGAUUCAGAUACAUCGCGAUCAGCCUAUCUCCCAAAGUACCCUAUCUCGACAGCUCAAGAUCUUUGGGGAGAUCGCCGGCUUUAAGUGGUCAUUGUUCACGCAUCGGUUCCGGUACGGUGGCGGCACUAUUCUAAAUGAAAGCGGUCUUGUUAGCGACGCCAAACAGAACUUGAUCAUGAAGCACGCGGACAUCCGAACGUUCCUGAAUCAUUACCUUCCUCGGCGAAUCAACACUGAUAUGCAGGCGUUGAUGAGAGGACUCAAGCCAGAUUCGGCCAUGAUGAGGGCAGUCACUAGGAUGGGACGAUGGAUUGACCGACGUCGGCCCCGAGAGCUCACUGAUGCGCAGAAGGCCACGGUGGAGCACGAUCCAGAGCUGCAGAAGGCUACUCGGAAGCGGGAUGCGUUCUCCAAAAAGCUUCAGCGCAGUCAGAAAAUAACUGGCCGGAAGCUCGAUAAGCUUGACAAACUGAAACGGGGAGUCACGAACACGCGAAAUCGACUCCUGUAUGCGCUCCGCCAACGUGUGCGAGAGGAAUUUGAUGAGGAGCAGGCGGUCCUUGAUAUUGAGCGGCAACUAGCGGGCACUGCUAUUCUAGAUGAAGAGGCUAAGGAGCAGCUCCAAAUUGAAGAGCAACUCCUUCCACAGCAGAUUUACCUGCUGGGUAAACUCAUGACUUGGCCUACCUCCUUGUCAGUGGAAGCAGAGUGGCAGCGGCGAAAUGAGGCUACCGAAGCAGUUCGACUCUAUUGUGCUGUGCUGGAAGGUGGCCCGCGACGAGGUCGACGGCCUAAACGGACCGUUCCGGUGAAAGAACCUCGAAAGCAUAGCCUCCCCAGCGAAGAAGUUAUUGCGCCAACCGAAUCCCCUCCUCUUACCCCGUCACCCUCGCGGCAUGAAAUUGCCUUGCAGGAGGCUGGCGAAGACAUCCGAACUGCCGCGAAGCCCCGAGCGUGCUUUCAGUGCUAUGGAAACCCCGCAGGAUGUGACAAUCGGCGUCUCAAGCAGUACUCCCGCCACAAGGGUCUGUUACGACACUUCCGAGCCGUGCAUCUGGACGAUCGUCACUGUAACUACUGCAAUGAGUCCGUGGACAACGAUAUGUGUUGGCGGAGACACACCGUAGACAAGCAUCGCUUGAAUGUCAGAUACCUUGAGGACUACCCUCAUGAUAUUUGA